AAGAUGUUCGGUCCGCUACUGGCAGACUUAUACAAGAGCGCACCGCAGGUUUCGACGGUUCCUGAUGAAGUGGUGUACAGCUCAUCGGCGAACCUCUCAAUGGAACGGUGGAUGGAGGUGAUGCGAAGUGAAGGCGUCGAGCUGAAAGGGAAAGUGGAGUUCCGCACGUGGAACGUGCCUUUCUUCAGCACCUUCGUCAACCUGUUGGCUCGCCACGGGGAGCUGGACAUGUACGCCUACGUGUCCUGGUGCACGGUGCAGGUGGCGGCGUUGUUCACCAACGCCGAGCUCAUAUUGAACUACUACGGACACUCGCGGCGAGCUGGAAUCUUGCACGGCGCCUUCUGCCUAAGCCGCGCCUACAUCGCCGCCAGCAGGGCGCUGCUGGGCAACUACGCCCGUGAAGUACUACCCGCAGUGGCGCGCCCUCACGCGGAAGCCAUCACGUUGAACGUGGAAGCUGCUUUCUUGGAACGCCUGUCCGCCUGGGCCGACUACGACUCCAGCGUGAGCGUGAUGAGGUCGUGGAACUCCACCGUGCUGUCUUUCAGCAUGUUCGCGCCGGAUCCCAAGGAUAACAUCAGCGACAUCAUCGUAGGUGAGAUGGGCGACUCAUUCGUGCAGAACUGGCGCAACGCGUGGACGUCUCGUAUCACCUACCGCGGUUUCGACAUCAAGAUUGCCAUCACGGCCAUCGAGACGUUGUCGUUCUCGGCGGAUAUAGAAUAUCGCAAGGACUUCAUCCUGCUGCCUUACGUGUUCUCCUUCCCCUACUACGACGUGAACGCCAUGCCGUCCAUCAACUACGGCGGGUUUGGCGCUAAGGUGGCCUUUGCGGUGGGCCAGAGGUUUCACGGCACGUAUCUGAGCGAGGGUGCCGGCGGCAAAUCGUUCAGCACGUUUCUGUCGUGCAUCUUGAACGCCUCGCUGACCGCCCAUUUUAAAGAUGCUCCUUCGCUAUUCGCCGAAGUCGUCUCACUGGGCGCCAUAGUCGACACGUACCGCAGUGCCAGCGAUCGCCGGCGUCUCGUCCACGUGGAGAGCUUGACGGGCGAGCAGCUGCUUUUCGUCGCCAUUUGCUACGCCAAGUGCAUCGGCAGCUACUACGUCGUCGACGAGUCGAUGUGUGACGCGGUGCUGCAGAACGUGCCGGAGUUCUCAGAGGCCUUCAGUUGCGCGCGGGGAACACCCAUGAAUCCGCACCAGCAGUGCAAGCUCUUGUGACCGCAUCCUCUUGCCUGGAAAGUUCAUGCCUCGCAUGACGACGCGAAGCGAGCCGGGCAUAUUCUGAAACUCGUGUUUAACACCGUUUCCAUUUCGCGCUAAAUAUUCCCCACGGAAUCCCAGGGUGCGCCGACUGGGGCAGGACACGUGGCGGUGAAGUGGAGUGAUGCCAUAUUUGCGUUUCCUGCGCGUGACAUGCUCCGAGUGCGUGAACAAAUCACCUCGCUUUUAUUGAGAACGUGGCCCGACUGCGGCUCACUUGAGUAUUCGAACAGUAUAAUUGUAACGCGAUAACGAUUGUAUCCCGUCUUUAAUCUGAGUUGCACGAGGUCAACGUGCUCUCAAAUACACUGUGGACACUUGUUUCUUCAAUGUAUAGAGGUGUCAUCCUUGAGCAGGUUCGAGUGCCUCG